UCUGAGUUCUUUGAUGCCUGUGUUCUGACGUCAUUUUUUCAACUUAUAAGGCGAAACUCUCGUCCAGACAAGUCACUCGAAAAGAGGGUCUCUAAGGAUACCAAACGUCUCAAUCGUCUACCAUCUAUAGCAUAGGAAAUUCUAAGACAUGAAGUUUCACGGCUUGGUCGCGUCUCUGUCGGUGCUGGUCGUCGCAGGAGUGAGUCACGGCCUCCCAGCCGCCGUCACGGCCCCUCCUCAGGUGGCCGCUCAGUGCCCCUACACGCCGGGGCCGGUCCCUCUGCUGCUGCCCAACCCCGUCGACUGCGGCUCCUUCUACAUGUGCAGCUGGUAUGGGACGGCCCUGUUGCAGCACUGUCCUCCAGUGCUGCACUUCAACGCCAAACUGCAGGUGUGUGACUCUCCUGCUCACGCCAACUGUGUCCAGAGAACCACAGUUGCCCCCGUCUCCAGCACCACUACUGCUGCCCCAAUAUCUAAUGUGACUUCAGUUGUUCCUGUCUCCAACGGAACUACAGCUGUUCCUGUCUCCAACGUAACUACAGCUGUUCCUGUCUCCAACAUAACUACAGCUGUUCCUGUCUCCAACAUUACAGCUGUUCCUGUCUCCAACGUAACUACAGCUGUUCCAACCUUCAAUAUAACUACAACUGUUCCAGUCAACAAUAUGACCACAACAGUUACUUUUCCAGUAUGAUCAAACCUUUUCCAAACUCCAGUGUAACCACAGUUGCAUCCAGAUGGUCCGUGCUGUAUGUAUUCAGUGUCCAGGGUAACCACACCUGGACCAGGCCUCAGAGUGCGAUCAUAACCACUAUCAAGAUGGUUCCUAAUGUAACCUGUAUUUACUUCGCAAUAAACUUUUUAGAGUACAA